CCCUAGAUGUAGUUGAUAGCUCAGCGAGCUCAAAUGGGCAAACGAGGGCGGGCUGCGCCCGGCUCGCCAGCGAAACGUGGGCGGGCUCGCGAGCCCGCCCAGCCGCCCUCUCCAGUCGCCACAGCGCCGCCCAGCAAGCGCGGAAAAUAUACAUUGUACUCAGAGCGUGCAAUCUGGGCAGCGGCGCAAGAUUUAAAGCAGCAGCAGCGCGACCAUGCCGAUGGCGUUCGCAAAAAGGCGCCAUCGAUGCACGAGGCGCUGCGCAGCGUCGCAGGCGUUCCUCGCACAACCUUCCGGCACUGGUGGAAUGAAUACGGGCUGAAGGAGUGCUCGCUGGAGGAGUGCACUGCGCGCGCCGCGGGAGCCCCUUGGCCGGCGCCGGCGCCGGCCCAGCAGCCCGCGGCGGCCCCAACACCACCACCACAGCCGGCCCCGCUGCAGCAGCCCACCGCGCCCUCGCCGCAACCGCCAAUAGACGUGCAGCCAGGUCUGGACGGAGGGGGGAUGGUGUACGUGCGCUCACCCGCUGCUGCUGCCGCCGUGGCGGCGGCGGCGGCAGCAGCCCGCCGCCGCUCGGCAGCAGGAAGCGGCGGUGGUGAUGGCGUCACGGGCGGCGGCCUACAGCAAUCCACUCGCCCACCGCGCCCUUUUGACCCCCAACCCCUGGAAUAAUCUUAUAUAAUGUUUACAUCAAUAUUUAGGCAAGCGUGGGCGCCUAGGAAGCCCUGUAGCGGUCUGGGCCAAAAGUGGGCCAAAUAUGGCACAUUCCGAGCUAACAGGCGGCAAAUAUUGGGAACAAAAGCCAAGGUCGACAACUAAAAUGUUGUGCGCCCCCAUGCGAGCCAAGGCUCGCGGGCUAGGGGUUGAGCCCUAGAGGCGUAUUGUUAUGGAGAAAGGCCAUAUGGCGGGGCUCGGAGGCGUUGCUUAAUAGUCAUCAUCGCCACUUCCCUUUUGAAUAAAAAGGGUUUAUCCCGUGUGUCACAUACCGUGAAUCGA